GAGCUUUGCGCUCAGCUCGCCAAGCGCAGCACUGGACUGGAGCCUCCGGGAGGCUCUCUCGCGGAGGGCCCACGCAAGCCCAUGACGCAGGAGCCACUGAGGGCUUCAGCCUCGAGGAGAAUGACCUCGGACAGUGUCAGCGACUCUUCGGAGUUCACUACCCUGCCUCACGGACGGCCGCCCAAGGGAUCAGAGCGGCGACGGGCUCUGCAGCAUGCCGCACAGGUGCUGCUACGGUGCGCCCCUCGAGCUUCUCUGUAAGGUCAGAGAUGCAAAUCAUGUUGUCGCAUGUGCGCAAUUGA